AUGUCUGAAGAAUCGGACAUGUCAGUGAUCCUGGCCUCUUCAGGCUAUGAUCAGACAAUAAAGUUUUGGGAGGCUCUAAGUGGAAUCUGUUCGAGAACUAUUCAGCAUGGAGAUGGCCAGGUGAAUAGGAUGGCUAUUACUCCUGAUAAGAGAUUUCUUGCCUGUGCAGGUGCCCAUGGAGUGAGAAUGUACGAUAUACGCACCACAAAUCCGAAUCCAAUCUUAACAUUUGAUGGCCAUUUGGGCAACGUGACGGCAGUGGCAAUACAAGCGGAAGGUAAAUGGAUGGUCACGUCCUCCGAAGAUGGAACGGUGAAAGUCUGGGAUACCCGAGCUCCUAGUAUCCAGCGUAACUAUAGACAUAAAGCUCCAGUUAAUGAUGUUGUAAUUCAUCCCAAUCAGGGAGAAAUUAUAUCGUGUGAUGAUGAUGGCAAUGUGAGGAUUUGGGAUCUUGGUGGAAACGCAUGUACGCAUCAACUUAUUCCUGAAGACGAUGUCCCGGUAAGAUCUGUUUCUGUGGCAUCUGAUGGCUCAAUGCUAGUAGCGGGAAACAAUGCUGGUAACUGCUACAUAUGGAAAAUGCAAACUAGCCGGGAAGUGACAACAAUUAUUCCUGUCACCCGAUUUCGAGCUCACUCGAAAUAUAUAACAAAGGUGCUUCUUUCGCCCGAUGUGAAGCAUCUUGCAACAUGCUCCGCGGACCACACUGCUCGCAUCUGGUCUACAGAACCUGGUUUUCCGAUGGAGACAGUACUUCAGGGACACCAGAGGUGGGUCUGGGAUUGUGCAUUCAGUGCUGAUUCAGCUUAUCUUGUGACUGCAUGCUCUGAUCACUAUGUGCGACUAUGGGAAUUGGCUAGUGGCCAAAUCAUCCGUCAAUAUAAUGGUCAUCACAAGGGAGCUAUCUCGGUCGCACUUAACGAUGUUUGA